AGGGCAGUAUGAAACUGUCAGACGUUGGGUCUACCUAAAUAGAAAAGAAGAAAAACCUACACUGCGUCACUUUACCUUUGCACCACGUGACCACCAAUAACAAUGUCUGCGCCCUGUGUUUGUGUACUUGUUCGAAAUACCGGAUUUGGAGGUUUACUGCAGAGAGUUUCUCGUGGUCUUCCCACAGCUCUACUGAGUCAACAACAUCGCCACUUUUUCUGGCAGAAAUGGAAAUAUUCCCAUAAUAUAGUUCGUCCAGCUAAUGUCAGUCCUGCAUAUCCAGUCCCCAAGCACAUUGUGCGUCCUGACUAUAUUGGCUCUGAACUGAUCCCCGAGUGGCCUGACUACAUCGAAAUUAAAGAUCAAGAGCAAAUCGAAGGACUGGCCAGAGCCUGUCAGCUCGCCAGACAUGUUCUUUUAGUGGCUGAAAGCAAUGUGAAGGUUGGUAUGACAACAGAUGAAAUUGACCUCAUCGUGCAUCAGGAGAUAAUCAAACACAACGCCUACCCUUCCCCUCUUAGCUAUGGGGGUUUUCCCAAGUCAGUCUGUACUUCUGUGAACAAUGUGGUCUGUCAUGGAAUUCCUGACAGUCGACAACUCAAAGACGGAGAUAUCAUCAACAUAGAUGUAACUGUGUAUUUAGAUGGUUACCAUGGCGACACCUCAGAAACCUUCCUUAUUGGCCAGGUGGAUGAAACAGGGCAGCAAUUGGUAGAGACGACCAAACGUUGUCGGGAUGAGGCCAUUGCAGUCUGCAGACCAGGCGCACCGCUCUGUGUCAUAGGAAACACAAUAAGUAAAAUAGCCCAGGAAAGUGGUUUUGAAGUAUCGCCGUACUUCAUUGGACAUGGGAUAGGAACACAUUUUCACUGCCACCCUGAGAUUUGGCACCAUGCGAAUGACAACGACAUGACCAUGGAGGAAGGGAUGGCCUUUACAAUAGAGCCCAUAGUGAUGGAAGGUUCAGUGGAAUUCAGAAUCCUCAAGGACAAAUGGACUGCUGUGUCGGUGGAUGAUAAGAGAUCUGCUCAGUUUGAACAUACGGUGGUCAUCACAUCAGAUGGAGUGGAUAUCCUCACCAAACUGCCAGAAGAAAACAAUGUGACCAAAAGUUGACGGGGGACUUUUAAAACAUUAAAUAAUUUUUACAAA